CAAAAUUUGGAAUUGAAGAUGGGAUGUUUGCUUUCCCUCAAGAACUUGAAGAAAAAGUAUGAAAAAUUCAAAUUAGAAAAUAGCAGGCAUAAUGAGCAUGUAUCUACAACAAUUUCUCAACUUCAAGCUUCUCGCACAUUGCACUCCGAUCCUACAAUUUUGAGGACUAGCAUGAGUUCCAAUAACCCGAUUAACCGAGUUACAAACAACAGAACAAGAGUGUCAUCUACUCCAUCAGCUCUUGAUGCUGCAGAACAAGGAGCUCUAGCCUCAAUUGAGAAGGAGGAACAAGAAAUGGUGGAUGUUCCAGCGAGAAUAAUGAAGGAGCCGCACUCGCCUAUUCCACAACCCUUACCUCUUCCAUAUCCUAAAGGAAGUAGUCCAUUGGGGUUAAGGAUGGCUAGGAGUCCUUUAUGUUCUUCUGGCUUAGGUCCUGAUGCAGCAGAACAAGAUGGUUUGGAAACAUUUCAGUAUGAAGAAAAAGAAUGGUCUAAAAACCAAGAUACAUCGAUGAAGGGAAAGCGUUUCUCUAUUCUACACCCUUUACCGCUUCCACCUCAUCAAGAAAUAAGUCCAAUGAAGGCUGCUAGCAGCUCUAAGUCAGGAAAAGCUGUUGAUUCGGUUCUUUAUUUUCAAUAUGACAAAAUUGCUGCUGCUUGCCACAACUUCUCUAUACAUCGAUGCAUGUCAGGAUGUCUUUCUUCCACCAUAUAUAAAGCUUCCUUUGAUCAUGAAGCUUCAAGUAAGAAGCUUAAAGCCACAGUCACAUGCCUUCACCAAUCAACUCAGGGGUUGAGGGAAUUCAUCAAUGAGGUUAAUAAUUUAGCAACUUUGCAACAUCCAAACCUCUGUAAACUGCUUGGAUUUUAUGCAAGCGAUAGCUCUGAACCAAGGAUGUUGAUUUAUGAGAGGCUGAGCAAGGGGGGCUUGGACCACCUGUUGUUUGGGAGAUCUGACGGCCCUUCAAUUGAUUGGAACACAAGAAUAAAAAUAGCCAUCUGUGCUGCACAAGCUCUUACUUUCUUGCAUGAAGAAGGGCCUCUCCAGGCAAUGUAUACUGAUUUUUCAGCAGCGAACAUACAGAUUGACAAGGAUUUCAAUGCAAAGCUUUCAGGAUAUGGUUUUGUUGGACAUGUUGCUAAGGAAGAGCUUUCAAGAAGUUCACAUGCAGCAGCAAACCUUUCGGUGGAGACAUUGGAAAAAGGAUUGCUUACUCCAAAGAGCAAUGUAUGGAGUUUUGGAAUUGUUCUUCUGGAGCUAUUUACUGGUAGAAAGAAUUUUGAUAGGCAAUUCCCAAAGAAAGAGAGGAACUUAGUCAAAUGGUGCCGACCUUACCUAGCCGACGAUGUCCAGUUGUCAGCGAUCAUAGAUUGUCAACUCAAAGGUCAGUUUUCACUCAAGGCAGCAAGAACAUUAGCUAACAUUGUACAAAGAUGCCUCCAAAGGGAGCCAUCAGAAAGACCAACCAUGAGAGCCAUUCUUGAGAAUCUGAAAACCAUACUAGAUAUGGAGUACCCUAGAUUGUUCCCACUGCAAGAGCCACUGACCAUUUAUGGACGACACAUGUCGCGAUCACCAACUGCUGAUGGCAUCAUCAAGGCACCUAGAUUGGGUUUCUCUCCUUCAUUACUACCAUCAGCUACCAAAACAUCUAUUUCACAUCCUCGAGGAUGGACUGGUGUGCCCACAAAGCUUCCUACUCCUCUUGCUUGUUCCUCCGCUGUCUCUACUGAGGAACUCACUAGGCAGGAAAGUACACAGCCAUCAUCCUCAGUCACCAACAAAGCUUAGUGUUGCAGGACAUUCACUUUCUAUAGUGUCUAUUUUUGUGUGAAUCACCAAUUUAGUCUAUAAAUUUAUGGAUCAAAUUGGUGGUUCACUAGUUUUAUUUGUUGUUUUAUAUUUUAUUUUUUACAUUGGCAUCGGAUAU